UCUAUUUGGUCCGUUGAAGGUUUGAAAUCCAAAACAGCGGACACUGUAGGGAGUAUUGUCCAUUAACAGCAUAGUAGAAGUAUAUAAGUAGAACUAUAUAAGUAGACACGUAAAACGAUUAUUUUUUUCUGUGGUACUGAACGAUGCCUUGUUACUGGAUCUGAAUCUUAUCUACAAAGGGUCACUGGUCAAACUAAUAACCAUAAAAAAAAAGAAACCAGCUCUAUCCAAAGAGGAAGAGGAUUCGUUUAAAAAAAACAACAAACAAACAAACAAGCUAAAUCAUGUUCAGAAUCAUAGCCAACUUCCUCUUUGGAGACGAAGAUAAACCCCUUGAAGAUAUUAAGUCUGUGGAAGUGGAAGAUGAGGAGUGGCAUGUUGUUAGCCACCAAGAGGCAGUUGCAGAUGAACACCAAAAGGCGGCGCUGUUGGAACAUCAACCAAAGUCAGCUGUUUUUGAUUCAUCUAAUGUACAGGAUGCAGAUAACAGUGUAAUCUCAUCAGAAACUUUGGAUCAAACUAAGGAAAAAAUUACAAAUCAAGCAUUCCCUGGUGUCAGUCUACCUAAAGUGGUUGCUCAUGUGACUGAGGCUGCGUGUAUGCAGAGAGCAAAAGCCUGGGGUGAUCGGCAUAACUCCUCUCGUAAAGCUGUGCAGCGUCAGAACCGCCUCCAACACAGGGUCCAGCAGCAGGCCCUCCAUCUGCACCAGCCAGUUCACCGCAACAUGUACCAUUGAGGAGAGUCAAGCACCUCUUGUCUACUUUUAGUGAUAUUUAUCAACUUUAAUUAAGCACCACCUAUAAAUACUUUUUACAGUUAUUCAUAUUUAACAUAAUAUUUGAUGUAGCAUUAUCUUGAACUGUAACUGUAAUAUAGCUAUACCUCAUAUUUUAUAAUACAAGUUUGGAAUAGUUAAGUGGAUGACUAGGAAAAUCUAUGCCAAGUUCUUCAGCAUCAUUAUGUACUGUAUGGAAUAACUAGUUAUGAACGAAUAAAAGUUUGUAUUUUGCAUAAUUCACUAUUUAGUAUAUGUAUUUUACCGUUGAUGGGUGAAAGCAAGCCUGUAUAAUACAAAUGGUCUGAUGUGGGUUGUCUCCUUGGGUAAGACAUUUAACCCAUCCUGCCUGCAGAAUCUCUGUAUACUUAUGCAUCAUUAAUUUCACUGAAUUGGAGACAGAGUCCUUGAGCACUUGACCAGCCCGCCAACACUUGGUCAUUCACUUAAGUUAUUUACCACAUGUAGUACAGGUUGAAAUGAGUUUCCUCCACAGGGUGGCUGGGCGCUCACUUAGAGAUAAGGUGAGGAGUUCAGUCACACAGGAAGAAAUCGGAGUAGAGCCACUGCUCCACCUUGAGAGGAGUCAGCUGAGGUAGCUCAGGCAUAUGUUCCAAACGCCUGUGGGGAGGUGCUCUGGGCAUGACCCAUUGGGAGGAGGCCCCGGGAAAGACCCAGGACACGCUAGAGAGACUGCUGCUCCCUCAACUCGGCCUCAGAUAAGUGGAAGAGAAUAGAUGGAUAAUACAGGUCUUCAAGGCAAUAUUUAGAAUCAGAAGUACUUCAUUAGUGCCACAGUACAAUUUGCAGUUGUGUAAUGUUCUCACAAGUGAGACACUAAUAAUCUGUCUGAUUUAUAACCUGAACGUCUCGUUUUCUUUGAUGGCUGUUAGUGUUAGUCAUGGGGACCCACAAGGAUUUUCACAUCUUUGGUCAGACCCUAUAAGCUUCAUAUAUUGUAAGUAUUUAGUGUCAGUGUCAUAAAGAUUGUUCAUCACAUAUGGAUGUGUGGUAUGCUGUCACUGCCUUAUCAUUGUAUGGGGAACAUGACACAGUCACUUUACUUCCUGUUAAAACUGAACAAAAGUGAAUGAAGUCCUCAGAAGCAUUAAAUCAGGAAUACCUUCUGGUGGAAGGUCCAUCAGGUCCACCUGCUACUGUCCAUGUAGAUGUUAUUGCUUUGCCUGGAUUGUUCCAAAGUGGCUUUGCAUUUACCAAGGCAAAUGAAGCCAUCAGGCUAAGUUGCAGGUCAGAUCUUUAUAUUGUAACAUUUCAUCUACAACAAUAAUAAGGAGAUAAUGGAGACAAAGGUGAUGUGCUCCCCCACCAUAAAAAGUUACUUAUGUUAAAACAGUUAAAAUGUAUUAGAAGAAUGACCAAUGUUUACUUGUUCAUGUGGCAGAAGAUGUGGCAAUAAAUGACAUCUCCACCUCUCUCUAAGAACUCUUUCAGUCGCAUUACCUUUAUGUAACAUGCGGGUACAAGUGUUAUUCAAAAUAAAACUCACUGUCAUGACACAUGUCCAAUCAUACUCAUCUGCUACUGCUCAAAAGGAUAAGAGCCAGAGGUAUUUUGUGCAGAACAUCAGAAAUGUUAUCUAGGCUAUAUCUCACUGUACUGUAUUGUUCUAAGUAGCAUUUUCAAGGAUACUGUCGCAGUUAAGAUUGCUGUCAGCCCUAUGCGUGCCACUGUACUGAUAAGUCUCUUCAACCAGAAUGUGUUAAUCUUAUCCCUUUUAUUGAGGAGAAAAAACAUAAAGUUCUAGUUAUUUGGAAGUGGAGAUGAGACACAAUUGUAGUGUUUAUGCUGACUGAGAGGACGCAGUCAGUGUGCAGAAAUGAAGGCUGUUACAUAAAGCUGAUUUAAAGUGCAGAUAUGGUAAGGUGCAUACCAGGUGCUUCUCAGAGUAGGACAUGUCACAUGCAUUGUCUGUGGACACAUAAACAUGUCACUCAAGACUGGACCAGCAGGCUACUGGUUACUACAAACUUGGGAUACACAUUGGGUGUGCUAUCUAAAUAUAUUUGAACAGUUUCUAUACGGUGAUAUAACUGUUAGCCAUUGUGUGUUACAUUUAUUGAUUUGCUGAAACCAAAUAAACCAUUUUAAACCACUAUCUCUGUACGAUGUCGCUGUGAACAACCAUGCUGGGUUUAGGUGAUCACCAAUAGGUGGCUGUGGAGUCAGAUUCACUCAGUGGGCCUUUACUGUGAUAAAAAGUGAGUGAAUAGUCAUUCUUUGCAGGAGCAGGUGUGAGUUUGAGAAUCUAAAAUAAAAAGUCAGUCCUGGCAGGUCUGUGUAGUGCCAUCUUACAUGAGUGCAUUUGGUAAUAAGUAAUGUGUUCUGCUUAUGCUCAUUCUAGGCUACAUUUUUAAUAUGCUCAUUUAGUGAGUGAGUUAGAGAGACAACAACUCACUUUAUUAAUGUAUGCUUUGUAAACUGUGAACUGAUUACAUUAUUUUGAUUGCCCUACCCUCAUAAGCAGGGGCAUUGUGUAAUGGUGAAUUUGUCUGACGUGACUAGAGAAAGGAGAGCUGCAGGGGGCGUGGCCGGUCACACACACAGGGCGUGGCCGGUCACGCACAGGUCACUAUUUAACUCCGCAUAGUGUUUACACCUCCCAGAGUUUCCACCAUCAUCAGACAGUCACUUCCUUCAGUGCUACUGCUCUGCACCAUGUAGCUUCAGUUGAAUAAGAAGUAACAAACUUUUGAACAUUAAAGAAAGAUUUGUCUCGAGCACUUUUCGUCACCUGAAUCAUAUCGGCACCGGAGAGUGUGUUUUUAUUACACCGUGCACACAGGUUACCUAUUUUACAAGCUCUAACCCAGUCGAACACAUCCAGGUGAUAUGGAGCCUGUUGUAAAGGAAAAGUUUUUCAUUGUUAUCCGAGGAAAGUCUAGGAAAGGCUUUUGCAGAGGGGGCAUUGGCCGUGUGGAGGGCGAGCUGCAGAAUGGCGAGCUGAUGGCAGUACAGUUUUGUGGCAGUAGCAACAGUGGCAAUUCAAAGAGUGGGGGCAUUGUGAAGAAAGAGGACACAUAUCCCCUGACACGCCACCAGGCUCAGCUACUGCUCUUUGUCUCAUCCACAAGCAAGCGCCUUGAACUGCUGUGCAACCCUCAGCUCUUCUCUGCCAUUUGUGAACUUUCACAUGAGGACCUUGUUGUGGUCAGGCACAAGAAGGGACAUGUACCUGGGCUGGUGAAGAACCUCAUGCAGAUUGGGAGAAAUGACAGCCAGGAAGACCUGUACAUGCUUGGCUUUGAGGUGGAAAUUUUGGACACUGACCACAAUUUUGCCUCAAAAAAACCCGUUCCUCCUCCUUUGUUCAGUGCGGCAGAUAUUGUUCAGGUCGUCCCAUCGCACUCUGUCUCCCUUGGAGUUCAGUGGAAGGAGGGUCAAAACCACAGACCUGUAAGUCGUGUCAACUCUACGUCAAGCAUAGGAUCUUUUGGUCAACAAGUAAACCGCAGGCAACCAGGAAGUGAAAGCAUCCCCCAAGUUCCUCUGGAGCUGGGCUCUCUGGUGGAGGUCCAAUCAAACUCUGGAGUCACUGUGUAUGGAGUCAUCCGCUGGAUAGGUGCUCUCGAAGGGAAGACCGGUGAAUGGGCUGGUAUUGAAUUGGACUAUGAUGUUAAAGGUUGUUCUGAUGGUACAUAUGGAGGCAAGAGAUUUUUCACCUGCACUGGAAACAAGGCUCUGUUCAUUCCAAAGACAAAGUGCCAUCCUGACAGUAGAUUUGGUUCAUGUGGGGAGAGUGUGGGCUCCAGAACAGAGAAAACACCAGUCCCUCCCUUUGAAGAGUCUGAGGAUCAUGUACCACCUCUCACAGAAUCUGAGGCUUUCUCUUUACUUGUUGGAAAGAUGAAGGGGAUUCAGGGCCACUUUAAUUCAUGCUACCUCGAUGCCACUCUCUUCAGUUUAUUCUGCUCGUCCCUGGUUCUGGACAGACUCUUUCAAAAGCCUCUUGACAUUGAGCCACCAACAACAUGCACUUUGAGGAAAAUCAUCAAUCGUUUACGCAGGCAAGGAUUUGUUCCUGCUGAGAGUGUGAUGAGUUUUCGUAAACAGCUUGGGUGUGACACUUUCAGUACAGAGGAAAAAGACCCAGAGGAGUUCAUCACUGUCCUUUUUCAGAAGGUGCUAUGCAUCGAACCUUUGCUUAAACUCAGAUCUAGAGGAGAGACUUUCCAGGACACCUACACAUUCCAGAUAUUUUUGGAAAAAGAACAAAUGUGUCCCGUGCCAACUGUCCAGCAGCUCCUUGACACCUCCUGUUUAUCCAGUAAUUUGAAGUUUGAAGUGGUGCCAUCAUGUCUCAUGGUACAGAUGCCCAGGUUUGGCAGCAAAUACAAGAUGUUUUCAUACAUCAUCCCCUCAGUAGAGCUCGACAUCACCGAUCUUCUUUAUAAUUGUCCGAGGGAAUGUUUUCUCUGUGGAUGCUUGGCAGAGUUUGAGUGUUUGCAGUGUCUACCAGAUCGUAAGUUGCACCCAGGAAGAAUCAAACAGUUCUGUGCUACCUGCAAUACACAGGUGCAUAACCAUCCCACACGACAAGGCCAUUCCCCGACACCACUAGUGGUCUCAACAAGCACAACCCCUGAUGCUCCAAUGCCUAGACAUACUAUGCAGCUGUUUGCAGUUCUGUGUAUUCAGACCAGCCAUUAUGUGUCAUUUGUCAAAUGUGGCUCAGACCCCAAGUCAUGGCUCUUUUUUGAUAGCAUGGCAGACAGAUGUGGUAAUGAUCAAAGUGGAUACAACAUUCCAGAGGUCUGUGCCUGUCCAGAACUGGGCGACUUUCUAUCUCAGUCAGAGGAGGAGCUGACUUGUACCAACCCUUCUCAGGUCCCUGAACUUGUGAGGAGGCUGUUAUGUGACUCUUACAUGUUGUUGUACCAGAAGAACCCAGUUGAGCCGCUCCCUGUGUCAGAGCAGCAGCAGCAGCAACAUUAAAUACAUGACAGAAUGUGUCCCCAGAACAGCUCUGUAGAAGUCCUUUUAUAACCAAGAGUUAAAAUGGUUGUUAUCAUAUUGUAACAACUGAUCUGCAAUGUAGCUCAAAGUUACAUGUUUUUGUUACUGUUACUGCUUAUUUAAGAAGUUGUAGAUGAAUAAUGUAAUGUGAGUUUAUUUAAUAAAUGUAAUAAGUGUU